AUGUCAAUCAGCAGCAUAGCAAUUCGCUUGUUCAGUCACAGAAUUUAUGCUAGAGAGGACAUUGCUCUCACUUUAACUGAAAAUGCAGACUACACAAGAGAAGUUUUGGAUAGUUUUGCGGCUUCAGCUUUAUGUGAUCUACCUGAUUCUCCAACACUCCUACCAGAAAAUCAAAGAGAUGUACUGUUUGUUUUGUUGCCUGAACCUUUCUACAGCUAUAACAUCAGUGAAUACCCAUUCAUUUUUGUCCCAUUGUUUGAAAAGGCGUUGGCUAUAGCUGAAGUGAAACGAAGCGAUUUUAUGAAGUUUGCUGAGACCUUGGAGAAACAACCACAACCAAAAACCUACUUUUCACAAACACAGCCGCUGUGGCGCGAUAGAAGGAACUACAAAUUCUACCACGAAAAGCAAUGCUUCAUCCCUAACAACCGCAAAGCCAGUGGAGGUGUGAUCAACAGGAGAACACCAUCAGAAGACAUACCAUGGGACAAAAACAUGCCGCCAGAGGAAGAUUGA